AUGGCAGGUGAACUAAUGAAUACCUCAAGCAAAAAGAACAUGGACGAUAUUGUAGAUAUUGACCCUCUAUCGCCAAUAAAUACUCGCACACAUCUCGACGAUAUAUUACCCGCAAACAGUAGGAAAUCAUAUUUACCGCUGGUCCCAAAGACUGUUACAACCAACAUUGGCAGAGUGUACUGGAUAGACACAAUGCGAAUUAUAGCCUGUUUGGCAGUGCCUAUUGUACAUGCCAUAAACUACACAGGAACACCGGGUAGACCUGAUCCGAAAUUUCCCGAGUACAACUUCUGUGACUACGAUCGCACUAAUGCAACGCAAACGAUACCAUUUGGUCGUCGAUACAGUGUCGCACAACAUUCUGAAGCUGCAAUACAAAUUGAAGAGUAUAUGAUGCGCCGGAUGAUGAGUGGCUUUAUGUUCUUCUUCUUCGCCAGUGGUGCCGCACUUUUCUUAUCAUUCAGGAGAGUUGAGCAUGUCAUAGAAUCGUCAUACUGGCGGUUUUUGUACAUCAUGGGUCUGCUAGUCUUCGGAGUCGUAUCCUGCGUUAUCCCGUCAAAUAUGAUACGAUAUAGUGUGGGACCUGCUACAGCGUUCCAGCUGAAUCCAAUACAACACCUUGGAUUUCUGGUAACACUGGUAGUGUUUACAUAUCUCUCUGCGCCAAUUGCAUGGGCUGUAAUAAGCCGCUCAGGUAGAGCAUGGCUGACGAGUAUACUUUUGAUGAUCGGCAUAACUGCAACAGCAGUCGUGUUACCGAUGGUUGACCAAGACAUAUCUAAAGACAUCGCUACUAUGGUUGUGAUUAUGAUGGUGAACUUUGUGUGGAUGAUUGUAUCUUCAUACUACGAAUCAUUGCGAGAAGCCAGAGCGUUUACAACCACCGCACUGUCUUUACUGUCUAUGACAGUGCCCGACAAAAUGACUGACGUUUGGGGCGAGAGGGCCGGCGGGGUCUCGAAUGCCAUCAUAACUGGCUUGCUGGUGGGUAUUCUAUAUCUAGUACCGUUUGUGUUAGGGUUUUUCACGAUCGCAUUCCCCACAAAGAACACUCCCGAGAGACGAUGGGUGAAGACCUUACUCGCACUGUUUAUGCUAAUACUGAUCAUGUUCUGGACAGAUCCGAUCAAUUCUGAUGGCUGGCUGGAAGCCAACUCCAUCAGAACAUAUGACGAUCGCUUGAAUCGAUUCAUGUACACGGCAAACAACUGGGUGGGGCUUUGGGUAACAUACACUUUGGCGAAGGCUAUCAAUGAUACACCCUUCCCGCAGUUUUUUGCUGCUAUGAGCAAGUAUGUGUUGAUUCUAUACAUCUUUCACCCUCUUUUUCUGUCAUAUGUGAGCUGUAACGUUAUAGUUUACUCCGACAAUUGGCCUAGGCUGCUGGAGACCGUAGUGCUGUACACAUCCGCUAUUAUUGGCUGUGGAAAUAUUUACGCAAUAAUCUUCCUCGUAACACCAAGAGUCGUCAAGAGGUUCGGAGGGAGAGUGAAGGAAGAGAAUGACAAUCAGAUGUCAUCACUAAGAACCGAGAUAUCUUAUCAAAAACUCCAUGUUGUAGAUAACGAUAGUGAUGACUCGCUCUACGGUACUACAGCGGCCCCAGAGCGCAUAUUAGGCGAACAUGCAAAUUAGUGGAACCGCUAAAGAAUAGGUAUAAAAAAUAAAUUAGGCGCUUAG